CCAGGCGCCCGCCCCAGCUGCCGCCCGCCGGCUCGCCCGUGCAGCCGCGAUGCCCCGGGGCCCGACCCUGGCCCGGGUCCCCGGCCCACCGCGUUAUUAGCCUCCGUGCAGCCGGAGCGCGCCGCCGCCAACGCCGCGCCCCGACGCAGCGAUGGGCAACACCGUGCACAGGACCCUGCCAGACCCGAGCCCGCCGGCUCGCCUCCUGGCCACCCGGCCGUGCUGCGGCCCCGGCCCCGAGCGGCGCCCAGUCCUGGGCGAAGCGCCGCGCUUCCACGCACAGGCCAAAGGCAAGAACGUGCGGCUGGACGGCCACUCGCGCCGGGCCACUCGGCGCAACAGCUUCUGCAACGGCGUCACGUUCACGCAGCGGCCCAUCCGGCUGUACGAGCAGGUGCGGCUGCGCCUGGUGGCCGUGCGCCCGGGCUGGAGCGGCGCGCUGCGCUUCGGCUUCACGGCGCACGACCCAUCGCUCAUGAGCGCCCAGGACAUCCCCAAGUACGCCUGCCCCGACCUUGUCACGCGGCCUGGCUACUGGGCCAAGGCGCUGCCCGAGAACCUGGCGCUGCGCGACACCGUGCUGGCCUACUGGGCGGACCGCCACGGCCGCGUGUUCUACAGCGUCAACGACGGCGAGCCCGUGCUCUUCCACUGCGGCGUGGCCGUGGGCGGCCCGCUCUGGGCGCUCAUCGACGUCUACGGCAUCACCGACGAGGUGCAGCUCCUCGAGAGCGCAUUCGCCGACACGCUGACGCCCGCGCGCCUCAGCCAGGCCCGCUUCAGCGCCUGCCUGCCGCCCAGCAGCCACGACGCCGCCAACUUCGACAACAACGAGCUCGAGAACAACCAGGUGGUGGCCAAGCUGGGUCACCUGGCGCUGAGCCGCGCCCCGGGCCCGCUGCCCGCCGACGCCUCGGCCGCCGCCAUCCCGUGCGGGCCUCGCGAGCGCCCGCGGCCCGCAUCGUCGCCGGCGCUGCUCGAGGCUGACCUGCGCUUCCACGCGACGCGCGGACCCGACGUGAGCCUGUCCGCCGACCGCAAAGUGGCCUGCGCGCCGCGGCCCGACGGCGGCCGCACGCUUGUCUUCUCCGAACGCCCGCUGCGACCCGGCGAAAGCCUCUUCGUGGAGGUGGGCCGCCCGGGGCUGGCGGCGCCCAGCGCGCUGGCCUUCGGCAUCACGUCGUGCGACCCGGGCGGGCUCCGACCCGCGGAGCUGCCGGCCGACCCCGACGCGCUGCUCGACCGCAAGGAGUACUGGGUGGUUGCGCGUGCCGGGCCCGUGCCGAGCGGCGGCGACGCGCUCAGCUUCACGCUGCGGCCCGGCGGCGACGUGCUCCUGGGCGUCAACGGGCGCCCGCGCGGCCGCCUGCUGUGCGUCGACACCACGCAGGCGCUCUGGGCCUUCUUCGCCGUGCGCGGUGGCGCCGCCGGCCAGCUGCGCCUCCUCGGCACCUUGCAGUCCAGCCCUGCGACCACGUCCCCAUCAGGGUCCCUCAGCGGCUCCCAGGAUGAUAGCGAUUCUGAUAUGGCCUUCAGUGUCAACCAGUCCUCCUCAGCAUCUGAGUCAUCCCUGGUGACCGCACCCAGCUCCCCGCUGAGCCCCCCAGUGUCCCCUGUGUUCUCCCCACCGGAGCCGGCAGGCAGCAAGAAUGGCGAGUGCACGGUGUGCUUUGACGGGGAAGUGGACACAGUCAUCUACACGUGUGGACAUAUGUGUCUGUGCCACAGCUGUGGCCUACGGCUCAAGAGGCAGGCCCGCGCCUGCUGCCCCAUCUGCCGGCGACCCAUCAAGGAUGUCAUUAAGAUCUACAGGCCGUAGCCUGGCCCACCAAUGGGCCUUGGCCAGAGCAAGGUCACCUUUCUGAAGGCCCCCUGAGCCAGGCAACUGCUAUGGCCACCAGGGAGUCCAAGGGCAGUGGCCAUCCCAUCUGCCACUCUCCAAUGGUGGGCAAGGCAUGACAGUCAUGGAGAUGAGGCCCUGGGGGUCUGAGCCCAGGCAAGGGCUGCUUCUGGCUCAAAAGUGCUUUGCCCCCAAAAGGCCGUCCCAAAAGCAAGCUCAGGAACUGCCUAGCAGACCACCCUGUCCCUCGGUGACCUCUCGGCUGGGAAACAGCAUUCCCUGUGCAAUGCUUUUUGCUGGAGUUGGGUUGAGUGUGUGUGAGAGAGGGUGAGGGGAGGGAGUGGCCAGAGAAGAGAGAGAGAAUGUGUGUGAGAGAACGAGUGAGAGAGAACGCAUAGGUAUUUAUCCAGGGAUCCUGGCUCUGGGAGGUUAUUUAACACUAAGGAAUGUGCAAUCCAGAGCCCAGACGGUAGUGUGACUAGAAAUUGUUCACUCUCUGGGGCUGUAACGUCAGCUGGUUUUGAAUGUAUGAAGCCUGCACCUAAACAGAACUCCCUUGGAUGGUAUAGAAAAGGGACACUCAGAUUUUGUAAGGGAAGGAAAAAAUAGCUCAUUGUUUACAGCUCCAAAGCAGCAACGCCUUGGGGGGAAGGUGGGUGGAGAACAGAAAAGAACAAUUUGCUUUUUUAGUUUCUUCCUCAGUCCUAGAGAGGAGUUUUGAUGGGUGCUGCGGCCCACCGAGAGCUCUGGGUGGUGUCAUCCCCAGAAGCCUUUUCACCCCUUCAACCCAGAUAGCCUAAUAAUAAGCAUAGUGCACCUUGACUCGGUCCCUCUAGAUGCUUUUUGUCUGUCCCAUCCCUUGCUGUCCCCAAGAAGAAGGCAAGCAGCAGGUUCUCUUUUCCUGGAGGAGAGAAAGAAUCCUGGAGGCAGGUGACUCACCUGCAGUUGGAAAGGCCACCCCAUCACGCAGACGGCUCUUCACAUUUCGUGUUGUCAGCCCGGGCCUGGCAUUCACCAGCAGCGGUGGGCAUCACCAGGACAGCCUGCUGGGGAAGCGGUAGGAGGAAAAGACUUUGCAACUGGUUCUGAUUCUCAGCUUCCCUUACGUUGCUGAUUACUAAGAUGUUAAAUGAUCAUUAAGAUGUUAAGAGCUGAGACAUUAAAAUGCUGACCUUGGGACUCUCCCCCUUCCCAGGGCCAUUUACAGGCAUUUCCUGGGACCUGGCCCUGUCCCCGACUUCCGCACCCCUGCGGAGGCCCAUGUCUGCAGACUCCCAGACCACCCCUGGGCUGAUAGGCUGGCCCAGGCCCGCUCUGCCCCCAGUUCAGGGCCUAACCUCUGCCCUAUCCGUGCUGUACUUUUAAGGAAGCCCCUGGGCCUCUCUGAUUCUCAGUUCUCAAUCUGUCCUUCCUACUCCAGAACCCACGAGGGAACCAGCAUAACAUCUAAAAAGCCCAAGACACCCUACAAAGAACAGGUAACACUUUUACUACAAUUCCUAAUCUGUUCCUCUGCUGCACAGAUGAUGGCAGAGAAAGGAGAACAUUCAGAGAGUUUCUGCAUUCAUAGAACACAUGUGUGCUGGGUGUCUGGGGGCCCAGAGCCCAGCUCAGCUGGGCCCUCAUCAAAUCAAAGCCUGUAAGACCAGGUGGUCUUUGUAAUGUUCUAGGUCUUGGACCAACUGCUUCUUCUCUGCCUGGAGUGGUCAUAGUGUUCUGACCUGAUCUCAACUUCAGAACCCCCACUCUUGCCCCUGCAAGAACCCCUGAUUGGUUAUUGUCCCCCUAGUGAAUCUGGGAAACAUGCCCACCUUUAAAUCUUGUGACGGAAGUUUUUGGGGAGGACGAGAGCCGGAGACGCUGGGUAGCACUCAGUGCCCAGCUGCAUUUGGCCAGCAGGAGCCUUCCAAUUUCCCCAUGUAUGGGCCCAGACCAUGUGGGAAAGGACUCGUGACCUCCUCCCCACCAGAGCUGGUUCUCCAGGCAGCAGUGCCCACUGACCGGAUUGAGCCAGUCACAAGCUCUGGUGGUCCUCGAAGCCAGCAGGAGGCAGCUGGUCUCCCCUGCCUCUUGCUCUUCCUAACUGCCCCCACCCCUGGGUUCCAGCCAGGGUCAUGUACAGCCACCACCAGGAAACCAGUGACUGAGGGCCUGGACCCGACGUGGACUGGGCCAUGCUCCUGGUGACCUGUUACCUGGAUCAAAAGGAGCUGGUGGCCUGUUUAACUUGCUCCGCAGCUGCUAUAAAUAGCCUCCCUGUUUCCAAGAGGAAUUAAGGGGGUGUUUGUCUUCUAAAAACCAGACAUUUCCUGAUGCUCUAAACUGAUUUAUUCAGUGCUAUAGAGGAGCUGCUCACAUGGCCCUCACGUGGCGGGAGAAAGAGGAAAGGGAACCCCUCUCUUUCACUUCACGUCAUUAUGUGCCUCGGCGCUGGGCUGGAGAGGCGUCUCCACGCAUUAAUCCUGUGAGGCAGGUCUUACCCCACUGAGUCACAUCUAAAACACCACUGAUUGUAAAAUACACCAUUUUAUGUACCGCUAAGGGAAAAAAUGCGAAUUUUAACUGUGAGAUACCACAGCUAUAUGAUUCAUUCUAAUCAGAGACUUGAAAUGUGAAAAAAAAAAAAAAAAGCUGUGCUAUUUAGAAUUGACAAAACACGGUAUUAUUCCCGUUUGACAGGUAAGAGAACUGAGGUCCUGUGAGUGAAGUGAUAGGAUCACAUGCAGCAGGUGGUAGGGCUGGGAUUCAAACCCAGGAGUGUCUGGUGCUGAAUCCCACUCUCUCCGCUGCCUGGCCCCAAGCUCCAGAAAGCUUGAGACUGCCUUGAGUUUUCUUUCUUGAAACUUCUCUAGGCAGCCCCUGGAGAGAGCCUGGGCACCGGCGCCUGUAUGGAGGCUUCCAGCCCCAGGCUGUGGUCCCUCUGCCACCCAUACCCUAGAAGGACAAGUGUCCUUCCUUUCAGGCUCACCUUCCCGCUGCCUGCCUUCUCCUGGCAGAGCUGAGCUAUGUGAGAUCCUGAGUCCAACCUGAAGGCCUCCUUUGGUGACACAGGGGUGCACAUACGGGGCAACUUCGUGGAGGGGCUGAGGGCGUUGUCCCACCACCUUCCUGGGCCUCAACACUGCCACUCGCUCAGGCAGGGACGCUAGGGCUAAGAAGGGGGUGACCAGAAGAUACUCCCUUGUUGUGGUCUUGUGCCUGCUUAUUUUGAACCACCAGAGAAAUUGGGCUGUUUCCAAGUCAACACAAGCCCCUUUUCCUAGUCCAUUCCCAGAACUGGGAGGCUGCUGGGGUUUAGCUGCCCAGGGCAGCUGCUCCUCUAUGUGCGGUAACAUUUUGCUGAACACCCGCUCAUCAGCAUGGCCUGGGUUCUGCACACAGUGUUGGGAACUGGGCCUAAAGACAGAGCCGCAGGGAGCAGACAGUCCGGAGCUGGACGGAUUUGUAAACUUUUAUUUGCUCCCUCCAGCGUUGGGUCCUGUGCUAGCACAUAGUAGGCACUCAUUAAAGGUUUACGGGAGAAAUCCGAAAUCAAGUUACGAGGGCUCAGGGGUUUGGUAAAACACAUAUACAUGCACACAAAGUCAUUCAACAAGCAUCUGCUGCGUGCCUACUAGGUAUGGGGUGCUGGGAAUGCGGAGCAGAGAGGACAGCACCCUAGCUCUGCCUUCAGAGGUAGAGACAUUAGAGGAUAAUGAGAUGCUAGGGACAGAAUCCUUUGGGCUUUCUUGGCCAUUCUGUUGCCUUUGGGGAUCUAUUCUGGUGAGUGCCCAUGACUGCUUUCCUGACCCAGAACCUCCUGCCUGCUUUGAGAAGCCUCCUCUGCGUUAGAAAUGCCAGAUAUUUUGUAGUCAGUGAGCUGCUGCCAAAAUGGCCUUGGGCAGAACCCUCAAGGGCCCCACCGCUGGAUGAUUACCCUCAGGUCCCACCAGGGAGACCCGUGGGGAGACGGCUACCUGCUACUUUCAGGCUUGGGAGUGGUUGCUGGAAUCAAUACCUGGGUGCCCAGAGAGCCCCAUCAGUUCCAGUUGAGAAUGGGCUUGUGCAAAGUCUUGGAGAACGAGAGGCAGUAACCUCUCCCUGCCCAAUCCCAUCCCUGCCCCAGUUCUGGCAGAGGGAUGCCUGCUCAGGAACAUGUGGCAUUUCUUGGUAUUUAAUUGUCUUCCCCAAGCCCCUAAUGAAAUGACUUGUACACCAAUCUGUCUGUGCCUUAUGAAAGUGUCUGUGCACUUUUUAUCCUUUUUAAAAGCAACUUCAAAAAGUGGGCAGGGGACUAGCAUACAUAGUAGUAUUCUAGAAAUAUGUGCUCAUCACUGAAACCCUUCUGCAUUAUGUUUUUGAUGUAGGAGUGAUGAGGUGUACUCUCUCAUCCCAUCCCCCCACUACCUGUAUACAGACCUUUUUAAAAAUGUCUCUUUUCUUAUUUUUCUGAUUCAAUACUGUGACUUCUCCAAUACAAUCUAAUCUUUGGGGAUCUGUAAUAAAGGUUUUAAAACUUGGGGGGAGUGGGUUGGAAAGGGUUUGCACUGGUCCUGUGUGUUGUGCUUUUGUGUGUUGUGUGUUUUGGUUUUUGUCUAUUUUUAUCUGUUUUAUAUUAACAUAAUUUUUCUGUUUAAAAAACAAAUACAACUUUGGCUUGUUAAAAAAGAAA